AUGAGGACCUCGAUAGCUUUUUUUGCCUGUGUAUCAUCUGUGCUUGCACAGGCACCCAGUCUUACUGACCUGAUUGCAUCUCAACCUGACCUUUCCACCAUCGGUGCAGCCCUCGGCAGCGUGCCCGAUCUUGCGGAGACACUCGCCGGCCUAAGCAACAUUACUAUCCUCGCGCCCACGAAUUCCGCAUUCGAGGCUCUCCUCGCGCAGGAAGAUACGCCAGAGAGCGUUGCGGUCAACUCAAGCGAUAUGCAGGCUAUCGCAGCUAUACUUGCGUACCACGUUCUCAAUGGGACUUACGUCUCGUCUGACUUUAGCGAGACCCCUGCUUUUGUGAGCAGUCUCUUCUUGCCGUCAUUCGACGGCAGCAUUCGCACGAAUGUUACAGAUGGGCAGAAUGUGGGUCUGUUGCUAGACGGAGAAAAUGCUACUAUCCUCAGCGGAGAGCUCAAGUCCGCCAACGUGAUAGAAGCAGAUAUUCAAGCCGCAAAUAGCGUCACCGUCCACAAGAUAGACACCGUACUUACCGUACCUCGAAAUGCCUCCACUACUCUGUCGAAAGUUCCGGACGUCGAAGUGACUGCCGCACUGGGUGCUCUCACUGCCGCAAGUCUUGUUGAAACAAUUGACUCCGUCGCGGACCUAACCAUUUUUGUUCCCAACAACGAUGCCUUCACCACUGCAGCAUCUGCCUUUGCCAACGCUAGCAUUGAGACUCUUACCAAUGUAUUGACAUACCACGCCGUAACAGGUGCUGUUGCGUUUUCGAGUGAUAUCACCAACACAACAGUCAAGACAGUGAACGGCAACGACCUCACUCUGAGCGUCGGCGUCGAUGGAACAGUAUACGUAGACAACGCCAAGGUCGUCCUAGCCAACAUCAUCCUCAGCAACGGCGUAGCGCACAUCAUCGAUACUGUGCUCAACCCGGAGGACGAAAUCGAGAACCCAACUCCCGCUGCAACUCCCACGCCCGCUUUCCCAGGCGCGACUGCCAUUGGAACUGAUGUACCAUACACAUCUGCUCUUGGUGCUGCUCCCACUGCCGGGACCGCUAGCAGCGCGCCCGCACCUACACCUUCACCUUCUGAGUUCCCUGGUGCUGCAGUACAAGUCAAGGGCGCAUUGGGCGGGGCUGUCAUUGGUCUUGGCUUGGCCAUGAUGUUGUAG